GGUUAAGCACCCCAGGUCACUCCUUGGUACCAAAAAAAGAAAAAAAGGACAGAAUUAUCUUAAUUUGAUAUUCUCAAAAUCCUUUCAAAGGAAAAGAGAGAAAUCCGGGAAGUUGGUGAGAGAAUAAGAGGUAGCAAUGAGAAGUGGGCACAGGAGACAGAGCAUGGAGAGAGAGGUCCCGAGGAGCUGCCUGGGGCGGGCAGGGGACCCCUGCUCCAGGCCCCUGAUCUGACUGGAAUCAGGGCAGCCAGAGGGAAUGAGCCUGCAAGAUUGCUCCCUGCACAACGUUCCUGCCAGCCCGGGGCAGGCGGCCCAGUACCCAGAGGCCCCUGAGGAGGUUGAGCAGACCCAGCACAACUCAGGGCAGGACCCAGCAGCAGAGACCCCCCCAGCUCCUACACCAUUGGACCAGCCUGCACCAGGCACCAGGCAGCCGGAUGAUGAAGGCCAACUGCUCCAUGCAGCACCCAGAGUACAGCGAACCUCAGGAUCCAGCCACCUCAUGCCCAUCCAGCUGCAGGACCCGGCCACAGCCUCGGACUCCAUCAGCCCCAUGAGCAUCACCUCCCAGUGUCCCCCCCCCGGAACCAGCUGCUUGGUCUUGGACUGGGGUUGGCUGUCCUAUGGUGGUUUGGGGUGUGUCUGUCUCUGGGUCCACCUCCGUCCAUGGCUGUCCCUGUCCAGCUACUGACUCUGUGUCAUCCAUCACAGGGAGCAUUCUGCAGGGUCUGGCUCUCCCGGUGAUGUCCAUGAUGUCCUGCAGCGCAUCCCUCCCUGAGUUCACCCUUCCAGCAUGUUCUGCGCUGGUGGGCAGGACAACAAGGACUCUUGUGUUGUGACUGGAAGAGGCAGGGGUUCCGUAUGGGAAAGAAGAGGGUAAGAAAAAUGACGCCAAAUGGGCCUCGCAGCCAGAGUGUCAGCAAGGACUGUGCAUGCCCAACAACUGCAGGAAGAGCUGGACUGGGGAAGGCGACCCGCCAGCUGAGUGUGGGAUGGCGAAAAGGAUCAGAGUGAGAAACCAGAGAUCCCCAAGACCAGUGGGCAUCUGAAAUUGAUUACCACCUUGUACUCUGUUGACCAGUGGUCCCGGCCCUGCUCUCAGCCGGCUCAGAGGCCACAGUGUGCCAUGCACACACACACACACCUACACACACACACACACACACACACCUGAACACACACACCUGAACCCCGGGCCCCAGCAUAUUCUUCCUCAGGACAGAGAGGUCACUCCUUACCCCCACUCAAACACAAGACGCCCAGCCUCUACCUCCCCAAACUCCAGACACCCAGGAGCUCCCACGCCCCACCACCAGAGGCCUUCAGGACACGGAGCCCUGCCUCCAUACCACCCCCGUGUGGCCCCAGGCAGCACCCUGAGUGGGGAGAGGCACGAGGCACUGCAGGUCUGGCUUCCACA